CAAUCUUAGCUUCAAACUUGACAGGAUUCGGUUGAGAACGUUUCAGUUCCCGAAGGUACCUCCAGAGCUAAAGAAAGACCCAAAAAUGUCUCAAUUUUGUCUUCCCGUUUUUCUGGUGUACUUCGCGGCGUGUUUCUUGCAGCGGGGCGCGUGUUUCCCUGGCGGAGCGCCGACCGACGCCUGUCAGAACCUGACGCCCGGGCACGUCAACAUCACCGCUAACUCCUCCGCUACUCCCUUCACCAUCAUGCCGGCCAGCAACACCUACCAACCCGGGGGCACACUGCGCGUUCAAAUAAUGGGUGCGUCGUUCAGAGGCAUACUGCUGCAGGCCCGAGACAGCACCAACCAGGCCGUCGGCUUCUGGUCGGACUUUCCCGACUUCACCCGAUCGCUGACGUGCAACAACUCCGCAGACUCCGUCACCCACCAGAACACUUCGGUAAAAGUCGCCGGAACCAACUUCACCUGGAACGCGCCGAGGAAUUCCCCCGGAGAUGUGUCUUUCGUCGCCACGAUCGCCAUGUCACGUGAGCAGUUCUGGACAGGCAUCACCUCAGACCCUGUCUCUGGAGGAACCCCAGUCAGCCUGCACUUGGGAGCUACAGUCCUCAGUCUGCUGAACAUCAUACUACUGACCAACUGGAUGGUAGAGGGCUAGCAACCACAUGUUGAUUUCUGUGAGGACUUUUGUAUAACAAUAAUUGUACUUUGAACUGGUGUCUUUCAGGUUAAAAUAUAUCCGUGCUUCCAUGCUGUGUAGCAGUAGCAGUUCUAAGGUUUUUUUUUUGUAAUCUACAUCUGUGUCUUUGUAUUUCUACUGUUAACCUAUGUAUAGAAUACACUUCAGAUUGGCUGUUCAUUUGGCUCAACUUGUUCUAAAAAUGAUAGGCUGUGUCACUUAGAAUUUUGAAGUCUGAGCUUACUGCAAUCUGUAGAAACCAUAAAAACAGCUUUGAACCACAAGGUAGAUGCAGAUAUAUGUAUCUCAAUAUCAAUGCGUAAAACUAAGUAAAAGUAUACUGUAAGAAAGUGUGGUGGAAGCUCUAAGCAUUAGUCUACAAACCAGAACUAAUGGAAUCUGUAGGAACCAUUUAUUUACAUAGACUACUGUACAGCUGUCUUCCGUAUUCAGUGGUAAUGACUGAGUUUCACGUUGAUGCCAAUGCAUCAAGUUGUGUACCUUCCAUAUUUGUGACGUCAAAGCAUCCUUAAAUGGAACUUUCUGAGAGUACAUAGUUUCCGACGACUUUCUUAGCCUUCUGUCUUCAUGUCUGACAAGUCUCCUUGACUGUGACAUUAGCUUAGAAACAUAACACAAGGCAGAUGCAAAUACAUGUAUCUGAAUGUCACCUACAUGUAUGUGUAACAUUAAGUAUUAGUACAAAUGUAUUUCCGCAAGUGUUAUGAAAAGUAUUAGUAUUAUUCUACUAAAAACAAAUUCUGUUUUCCAACAAUUGGAACUUGAAGACCUGUCUGUGUGCACAUUAUAAUUAUAGGUAUUGUAUAAGAUUGGAUUGUUUUGCUUUCUUUUGUUAUAGCUACAGCAAUGUACAGGAAAGUAGCAGGUCUUAUUGUAUUCAAUUACUUGUCAGUGGUAGGUCUAUGUUCAGUUAUUUUAAACAUAUAACAGUGGGUUGUUUUGUUUGGUUGUACAUGUAGCUACCAUAAUUUUAA